AUGGGGAACCCUGAGACGGAUCCGGGCCCAAGUUCCCUGCUAGGAGAAAAAAUAAAUGGCGAGCCGAUUUCUAAAGAAAAGCUGAUAUGGGGCAGCAGAUUGCCUCGUGGUAGGCAUGGUCGCCCACCCAUUCUCUUCGGUAACAUCUGUGCCCACCUUGCUCGCGAUAAAGCUCUCCAAUAUCAACUCCACUCCAAUGCUUCGCUUAUUCCUGCUGCCAUCGAAGAAUUUGUUCGCCUCUAUGUACCAUACCGUGGUUUCUGUCGCACUGCUUCAUGUCCGGUUACUCUCCACGGCCGCACCAUCAAUCCGAAUGAGCCCAUCACCAUGACUUACGCGGCCGCCAAUCGAGACCCUAAUGUAUUUAAGGAUCCGCAUGAAUUUAUCCUCGGAAGAGAAAACGUAACUCUCCAUUUAGGGUUCGGUAGAGGACGUCAUCGGUGUGCUGGGAUGCCGUUGGCUAGGAUGGCGUUACAGAUCGGAUUGAGGGUUAUUUUGGACACGACAAAGGACUUCGAUAUUAGCGGAGAGUUGGAACAUGCCAAAAUGCCGGAGAUGGGGAUUUCUCAUCCGAAUUCAAGCCUGUUGGUCAUCAACAACAUCGGUAUUAUUUCGAUAUUUAUAAGGAUGUCAGAAUUUGGCUUGGCCCUGUGGUCGGGAUCUUUCGCGUAUUUCGUGCGGACUGGGCUACACUCCAACACGAAGCAUUCGAUCUACAAUGCAAAGUUGCUUACAAGCCCACUAUUUGAAGCCGAAACAUAUGAUCAGACCGAUCAACAGGAAACAACGGUUCUCCACUCUCAUUGUUUCCGCUGCUUGGACGAGACAACACCUCGCCGUCGAGACGUCAUGCUCAUAGGUGAAGCUUGA